AUGUCGAGCCUCGGCUCUGCUGUACUGCAAGGCCAUGAGGGCCAGUUUCCUGACUAUAACAACGAGCAGAUCUUUCAGAGAAACCGACUCCCCGCUCGUGCUUACCACAUUCCCAAAGACUCCCUUCUUCUGAACGGCAGAUGGGACUUCCACUAUGCUCCAACGCCGUUACAUGCCCCAGAUCCAAAACAGAACGGCCAAUACACUCCCGCGACACCAGACUCUGCUCUACAAGGAUUUGGCAAACCGCACUACACCAAUGUCAUCUACCCGUUCCCUGUGAACCCGCCCCACGUUCCGACAGAAAAUCCAACCGGAUCUUACCGACGUCGGUUCACGGUGCCAGCUUCUUGGUCUACGGACGCCCAGCUGAGAUUGCGUUUCGAGGGAGUUGACAGCGCAUUCCAUGUGUUUGUCAAUUCCACUCCCGUGGGAUAUCACCAAGGCUCUCGCAAUUCCAGUGAAUUCGAUGUCACAGAUGUUGUGCGGAAGGACGGAGAGAACGAAGUCUUUGUGAAAGUCUAUCAAUGGUGUGAUGGCUCCUAUAUUGAGGAUCAGGAUCAGUGGUGGCUGUCAGGCAUAUUCCGCGAUGUCUACUUACUUGCGCUUCCAAAGACAGCGCGUAUCGAGGAUUUCUUCGUCAAGACAUUGCUGGAUGCCAAGUAUCAGGAUGCCACUCUGGAACUCACCCUGGAUGUCAAUCUUGGCUUGGACGUGGAUGUCGUUGUAUCUCUGAAAGACCGCAAGAAUGGCGACCAGCCGGUACAUCAUGAGAGUUUCUCGGCAAAAGCCCAGAGUGGACAGCUGAAGCAGUCCAUCUCUGUCUCGAACCCGAAGAAAUGGUCCGCAGAAACUCCGAAUCUGUACCAUUUGGAGAUUGAUCUGGUCGAUAGAAAGGAUCGGACCAUUCUCCAUUCCGUUCAAUCGCAAGUAGGCUUCAGGCAAGUGGAGAUCAAAGACGGACUCCUUCUGGUGAAUGGCAAACGCAUCCUCCUCCAAGGCGUGAAUCGCCAUGACCAUCACAACAAGUUCGGGCGCGCAGUGCCUCUGUCUUACAUUCGAGAAGAUCUCUUGUUGAUGAAGCGACACAAUAUCAAUGCCCUUCGCUGCUCUCACUACCCGCCUGAUCCAAAACUGCUCGAUCUCUGCGAUGAGCUUGGAUUAUGGGUCAUGGACGAAGCAGAUCUCGAAUGCCAUGGCUUCUAUGAUGCAGUUGCCCGACCUCUCGAAAUUCCGGAGGAAAUGGACUACGAAGAGCGCAAACUACUGGCAUUCCCACAAGCUGCCGCCUACACUUCGGACAAUCCCCGCUGGCAAGGACAAUACGUGGAUCGCAUCGAGUCCGUUGUACAGAGGGACAAAAAUCAUCCGUCGGUGAUUAUCUGGUCUCUUGGCAAUGAGGCCUUCUACGGUCAGAACCACAAAGCGAUGUACGAUGCGGCGAAGAGGAUCGACGACACUCGACCAGUACACUACGAAGGCGAUGCAAAGGCUUUGUCCGCGGACAUGUUCAGCUACAUGUACCCUUCAGUGGAAAGGCUGCUGAAGCUGGCGCGAACUGAAGAUGUCUCCGACGGCAAAUUUGACAAGCCAAUUGUUCUUUGUGAAUAUGCACAUGCAAUGGGCAAUGGGCCUGGAAAUCUGGAAGGCUACCAACAAGCUUUUCGAGAAGUGCCUCGUCUGCAAGGCGGCUUCAUCUGGGAGUGGGCCAAUCAUGGCCUGUGGAAAGAUGGGCCGGACGGCAAGAGUUUCUUCGCAUAUGGCGGUGACUUUGGUGACACCCCGAAUGAUGGCACUUUUGUCAUGGAUGGUCUCUGCAACAGCAAUCACACGCCGACGCCAGGACUGGUCGAGUACAAGAAGGUCAUCGAGCCCUUGAGAGCAACGGUGGAAGGCAAUGAGCUUGUGGUGAAGAACCUGUAUGACUUUGUCAGCCUGGAUCAUCUCACUGCAAUAUACAGAAUUGAAUCGAUACUCCUCUCAUCCGGCGCUUUCGACAUCACAGGCAUCGGAGCUGGUCAGACGAAACGUCUCUCGCUUCCUUCGUCCCUCAACGAUUCCACAUUACCGGACGAGACCUGGCUAAGCGUGAGCUUCCGACUAGGUCAAGCAACGAACUGGGCAGACGCUGGUCAUGAAGUCGCUUGGUGUCAAGGUCGUCUGACUGCAAAUCGCGACCAGGCGGUGGAAUCGCAUAAGCUUGGUCCUUUGCGCGUCCGUACAUCUCCAACAUCGUGGACUGUCGGCGACGGAGGAUUCGAAAUCGUUUUCGAUCGAGUCCGAGGCGUACUCAAAUCGUGGACUUCAAACAGCAAGUCGCUCCUGAUCGAGGAUCCUCUUACCCAUGCUGCUCUGAUACCUUCAUUCUGGCGAGCUCCGACGGACAACGAUCGGCCUAGCGACGACCCUUACUGGAAGAGAUACGGCCUUAAUGAUAUGACUUCUCAGCUUCGCUCGGCCAGCAUUAGUCGGCAAUCCGAAAGCACAGUCACCAUCUCAAGCACAACAUAUCUCGCACCGCCAAUCUUGGACUGGGGCAUUGAAGCGGAUAUCAGCUACACAAUUAGGUCUAACGAGACCGUCUCGAUCAAAGCCAGGUUGAAUCCAGUUGGCAGCAUCCCAACCACGGUCUCUCGCAUUGGGCUCGAUCUUCGCCUGAACAAAGACCUGGUCGCUGCAAAGUAUCACGGUCUUGGGCCAGGAGAAUCAUACCCAGACAAGAUGAUGGCUCAGAGAGUGGGCAUCUACGAGAGUCCCGUCGCGCAGCUCUCUUACAACUACGACGUGCCACAAGAGAACGGCAACCGGAUGGGAGCACGCUGGGUGAAGCUUGUAGACGAGACUGGCUUCGGUCUACAGUCGAGAAGAGUAGAUGUUGACCAGCCGUUUUCCUGGACCGCUAGCUAUCAUCGUCCGGAAAUGCUUGAUGCAGCGAAGCAUCCGUGUGAUCUAGUGGAGGAAGACGCUCUCCUGUUGAGACUUGACGUGGCCACUGCUGGCGUUGGAUCAGCUGCUUGCGGACCUGGCAUUGGCGAGGAUGUGCAGGUGAAAUGUCAAGCGACAUCGUUUGCGUUUGAGCUGCGACGGAUAUAG